AUGGCACGGGGAAAACGACGAAAGCAACUAGUGAGAGAUACAAUGUUCCAGUCGUUACUAUCGUGGUUGGCAUUCGCGUUUAUGUUCAGUACAAUGGUAGUUGUAUUCUCCCAUGCUUAUAUCAUACCCAUAGGCUUACAGGUCUUAUCGAAUGGUAACCAAGUGCAAAGGAAAGUGGUCGCUGUGAAAAAACAGGCUCCGAUUUUUCCUGAUUUGAACCUGAAUACAACUUUUUCCACGUUAAAAUAUUGGAAGCGGAAUACAACAACAAGAAAUGAGAUUAUGUAUGGUACCAAUCACAUGAACGGAUCCUAUUUCAUCUUCACGCAACGUAAUAGUGAAAUUGGUCGGUUGUAUUACAACACGUUCCUUGAUAGCCCAGUUCCAAUUGAUUAUCAUAAACAGAGGCUUCUACCAGAGGUCACGCCCUUUUCCAGAGCAAUACGUUCUUGUGCUGUGAUUGGAAAUGGUGGGAUUCUGAGGAGAAGUAGAUGUGGUGGACAAAUUGAUGAACAUGACUUUGUAAUGAGGUCGAACCUGCAGCCAAUCGAGAAGUACAAGCAGGAUGCGGGCAGCAAGGCCAACUUAACAACUAUAAAUCCCAGUCUCAUUAAAACCAGGAACAAGUUCAAUGAAAAUGCCAAUGGUUCCUAUUUUAUUUUAACUAAAAAGAAUUCUCCACUCCGUACUAAGUUUUACAAUACCUUUAAUGAGGAAACGCUUACCAUCAACAAAUAUCGUCAAGUAUCUCCAUUUUCACACACAUACAGAACGUGUUCCGUUGUCGGGAAUGUAGGAAUACUGAAUGGCAGUGAAUGUGGUCGGCGCAUAGACAGCUCACAGUUUGUAAUGAGGACGAAUAUACAGGCAAUUCUACAGUUUCAACACGAUGCAGGAAGACGAUCCAAUUUAACCACCAUGAAUCCUGACUGCUGGGAAAGAUUUGGAUUGCUCACUAGUAAGAGAAAUAAGUCAAUAAUGUUCUUGAACGCCACGAAGGAGUACGAAGGAUACAUGAUGUGGGUUCCGAACAGCCCCAGAAUACCGAAUCAGUUUGCCUUCACCACUCACGAGUUGCUGCGUGAAAGCACAAACUUAACUCUACUCAUCGCCAAUGCUAAAUAUUUUGAACACAUUCAACAGUUGUGGAAGCUUAAAAAGCCGUUAUCACCAGGGAUGAUGCUGGUUGCCAUGGCAAUCUCACUGUGUGAUGAGUUGCAUCUCUAUGGAUUCUGGCCAUUUACCGUGGUAGACGCCAACGGGUUACAUCUACACAAUGAUAACAGCGAUGAUAAAUAUUGGUCGGCCUUCCAUUCGUUUAGUGACUACUCGGCGGAAUUCAGACUGCUCGCCUCAUUGCAUAAGCAGGGCCUUUUCAAAUUACAUGUUGACAAAUGCUCGUGAUAAUGGGAACCGCUGUUGCGCCAUCUACGGCAGCUACAAUAAUUUCUUGGUCUGAUCGUGAACCAUUAGACGAAUACCGAUUUCGUAA